AUGGCUAAGUUUGCUUCCAUCAUCGCCUUUCUUUUUACUGCUCUUGUUCUUUUUGUUGCUUUUGAAGCACCAACGAUGGUGGAAGCACAGAAGUUGUGCGAGAGGCCAAGUGGGACGUGGUCAGGAGUCUGUGGAAACAAUAACGCAUGCAGGAAUCAGUGCAUUAACCUUGAGAAAGCACGACAUGGAUCUUGCAACUAUGUCUUCCCAGCUCACAAGUGUAUCUGCUACUUCCCUUGUUAA